AAGAAUCAUUGAUGUCACUUUAGAAUAUAAUUUUUGGAGAAAGCGCAUUAUAUUUCAUUUGAUAUGAUAAACUGUAUGAUCCCUUUCUACUAUAGAUGGAAAUAGCAGUCGUUAAACCAUACAUCUUUAACCAUGCUUCCAAUUGCAAAGGUAUAUUUUAUACAUGUAAUUAAGGCACAGGUGUUAACAUAUGAGUAUUAUAUUCAUAUUUGAACAUGAUAAGGUCCCAAGCUCCCACUAUGAAAGCCCACAAUAAUUCCACAUCUAUCGUGCCACAGCUUUUUCCAUUCAGUCACUGGUAUCUCUCGUUUUACAAGCCCAAGACACGGCGACACCAAGUAAUAAUGGCUACUGAUCUCCCUCAAACGCUGGGCAAAACCCUCCCAGAUGCCUGGGACUACAAAGGCCGCCCAGCCGAGAGCUCCAAAACUGGCGGCUGGGGAAGUGCUGCCAUGAUUCUAGGGGGAGAGGCUUGUGAGAGGCUUACUACAUUAGGUAUCGUUGUUAAUCUGGUGACUUAUUUGACGGGUACUAUGCACCUGGGAAAUGCUACCUCUGCCACUACAGUCACCAACUUCCUUGGAACCUCUUUUAUGCUGUGUUUGCUUGGCGGCUUUAUCGCUGACACUUUUCUUGGAAGGUAUCUCACCAUCGCCAUCUUUGCCACCGUGCAAGCAAUGGGUAUCACAAUCUUGACCAUCUCAACCGCAAUCCCAAGCUUGAGGCCACCAAAAUGCGUAAACGACACCGGUUGCAUUCCUGCAAACAGCAAGCAAAUGACAAUUCUAUACUUAGCCCUAUACAUGUACGCCCUGGGCACCGGAGGUCUCAAAUCAAGUGUCUCGGGCUUUGGUUCGGAUCAAUUUUACGAGACAGACCAUAAAGAGAGAAAACAAAUGGCAAGCUUCUUCCAUUGGUUCUUCUUCUUGAUAAACAUUGGCUCACUGGGUGCAGUUACAGUUCUUGUAUACAUACAAGAUAAUAUAGGGAGAAGGUGGGGGUAUGGCAUAUGUGCUUGUGCUAUUGUGCUAGGCCUAAUCGUGUACCUAUCAGGCACAAGGCGAUACCGGUUCAAGAAAUUGGUAGGUAGUCCAUUGACACAGAUUGCCACUGUGUUUGCGGCUGCUUGGAGGAAAAGUCACUUGGAAAUGCCUUCAGAUCCAUCAUUUCUUUACGAUGUUGAUGUUAUUGAAGGGGGACACAAGAAGAAGCAACAACUUCCCCACAGCAAUCAAUUCCGUUUCCUGGAUAGAGCAGCCAUGAAGGAUCCAGAAAUCAACGUGGUGAACAAGUGGAAUCUAGCAACUCUAACAGACGUUGAGGAAGUGAAAAUGGUGCUUAGAAUGUUACCCAUUUGGGCUACCACUAUUAUGUUUUGGACGGUGUAUGCCCAAAUGACUACAUUUUCUGUGUCACAAGCAACUACCAUGGACCGUCACAUUGGAAAAUCUUUCCAAAUACCUGCAGCCUCCCUAACAGUGCUCUUUGUUGGUAGCAUUCUCUUGACCGUGCCAGUUUAUGACAGGCUUAUAGUUCCUGUUGCUAAAAAAGUUCUCAAGAAACAACAUGGGCUAACCCCCUUGCAACGCAUAGCUGUGGGUUUGGUCUUCUCCAUUAUUGCAAUGAUAGCGGCAGCACUCUGUGAAUUAAAGAGGUUGAGAGCCGCAAGAUCACAUGGUUUGACCAACGAUCCAACGGCUGAGAUCCCAUUAAGUGUGUUCUGGCUGGUCCCUCAGUUUUUCUUUGUGGGUUCUGGUGAAGCAUUUACAUAUAUUGGGCAGCUUGAUUUCUUCCUAAGGGAGUGCCCUAAAGGAAUGAAGACAAUGAGCACAGGGCUGUUUUUGAGCACUCUUUCACUAGGAUUUUUCUUUAGCUCUUUGUUGGUUACUGUAGUGCACAAGGUGACAGGACACAAGCCAUGGCUAGCAGAUAAUCUGAACCAAGGGAAGCUUUAUGAUUUCUACUGGCUAUUGGUCAUUUUGAGUGCUUUGAAUUUUGUUAUAUUUUUGGCUUGUGCUAAAUGGUAUGUCUACAAGGACAAGAGACUUAGCUGAGGUAGGCAUUGAACUGAAGGAACUUGAUGAGCAUGCAAUGCACUGAAGGAAUUUUUUUUUUUUUUGGACAAGACUUUUGCUUUCAAUAAUUUUGUAUCUACCAAGUGUAUGAAUAGAAGCAAAAGAUGAACAAGAUGUUUAACUUUUUGAUAAAGCAAAAAUAAAGAAAUAUAUUUGUAUA